AGCCACUCAGUACACAUGCAUGUUGCUUAGCUAUUUAAUAGAGCGUAAGGCUGAGAAAGAGAAGCUGGUAAUGAAACUCAAGCAGUUGGAAUCUAGCAUGAGCUCUGGCCGGAAAAUGUUCAGACUGGGCAACAUGGUACAUGCCUUGGUAGCAGCCAGGAGAACUACCCAGCUGCCAGAUGUGGUUCCUCGGUUCUGCCUUACAGCCUCCAACCUGACCCGUGCUCUCUACUUCGUCUGCGAUACGGUCCUGUGGCUGAGGAGCGUUGGCCUCCAACCUGACAUCGAUAAGCCAAAGUGGCGGAAUUGGGCUACCAAGUGUUACUAUUUUUCACUCCUGAUGAAUCUAGCCAGGGACUGGUAUGAGAUCUCCUGGAGGCUGGAACAAGUUGUACAGGAAGAAAAGACAAAGGAGAAUUUCUUCUGGGACAAAUGCAAUCAGGAACUAAACUCGGUGAAAUGUGAGAGUUUGCACGGUUUUCUCCUCCUGCUGUUUCAGAUACUGAAAAGACAUCCUCCUUUGCUGCUGGACUUGGUGAAGAAUCUCUGUGAUCUCUCAGGCCCUUUGGAUACGCUAGGAAUCUACAAGACCAACCCAGGAGUGAUUGGUUUCUGUGGUGUCCUCUCCUCACUGGUGGGAAUCCUCACCUUAGUAAGCCCACAUCUGAAGCUGAAACAGUGA